AUGGCAGCAAUCGUCAGUGGUGGCGCUGGGGCUCCCCCGCUCAAAACGAUACGUUUCGUCAAUAAUCAGGGCCAACCUCCGCAAAAGCGACGGAGGAUCAAUGCAGCGUGCUUGACAUGUCGCAAGAGGAAAACGCGCUGCGCAGGCGAACAUCCUACCUGCUCGACAUGCGCCAAGAACGGACAUGAUUGCCUGGGAUACUCGGAUGCGGCAGAGAAGAAGCGAGACUCCAUCAGCGGUGCGGGACAUGGUGGUGUCGCAAUCGACCUCGAUGACGAGGACUUCCUCGAAGAGGAGCCAGAGGACGACCGGACACACGGCAAGGCGAAUAGGAAUGGGAGUAGACCGUGUGGAAUGGUGGCAAGCACGGCUGCUUCCUCGCGGCGCAUAUCUGAAUCGGGCCACCAGCGUGCGAAUGUUCUGAGCGCUGCGCGACCAAAGACGGAUAAUGUCGAGUGGGACGAUCAUGGGAAACUCAAAGUAGUCAGGCGCCCAACCAAUCCGCGAAACGCGUCGAUAUCAACCGACGAUGGCAGGAGCCCUAGCACUCGAUCGCCGGUGCAGCACCAUACCGAAAGUCAUCGUGUUCCCUUCUUCCGCUACUUUGGGCCCACGGCCAUCGUGCCAGGCUUCAAGCAGAUGGUGGUCAAGGUACACGAUAGGCGGAGAAGCUCCAUGUCGGCGACGUCGCCGGGCUCGGGCGGACCUCCUUACGUUGGCCUCAUGAGCUCGGUCGCCUCGGACCACGAUCUAGUCCCACUUGAGGAUAUGCCAGUAUAUGACCCCAACGACUCGAGUCCCGUGCCUGACUUGAUUAUGCACCUGGUCGACACGUUCUUCGUCCACCUAGGGUGCAACUACCCCUUCUUACGCCCCAACAAGUUUCCAAUGCUCGUAAGGGAAAAACGAGUCGAGCCGAUACUCGUCGAUGCUGUUUGCGCUCUCGCAGCCAGAUUUUCAGACCAUCCGAUAUUUACCAGACAAGAUGGUAAGCUAUCCUCGGCAGACUUUGGUCAUGUAUUUGCCCAACGAGCAAAGGCCGCCACUGUGGAUACUUUUCCCUGCCCAUCAGUCGCCGCUGUGCAAGCAUGCUUGCUGAUGGCCUAUGAGGGCUUUGGUGCAGAUCAAGACAGCGCUUUGUGGAUGUACCUGGGCCUGGCGAUCCGCAUGGCCAUUGACCUAGGUCUGCACAAGAAGGACGGGGUCAAAUACCAAGGAGACAAAGACCCCUGGUUCACCCGGCAAUACCACCGGAAACCAAGUGACUCCAAUCCGAAUGAGGUUAAACCCGACGAGGACGAGGACGCACCGAGUCCGCAGGAACAGACGGAAUUGGAACAGGAACGAAUCGACACUCUCUGGUCCGUCUUCAUCCUGGAUCGAGUCAUCUCCUCCGGGACUGGUCGGUCGGUGACUAUGCGCGACGACGACUUUGAACUGCCCUUUCCCAAGGCUUCAGAUGAUUCUCCCAAGUGGCCUGAUCCGUUUCCCAACUUGAUCCAAAUUAUUCACGUGUACGGUCGCGUGUCGGAUGUCCUGAACAAUAUCAGGAGUGCCAAGGAUCUGACGCAGGAUAGGAUCAACCGGCUGGUACAGAUGGAGCAGGAACUCACAAAAUUACAUCAAAAGCUCCAUCCACGAUUACGAUUCGAUGCCAACAACUUCCAGGAAUACGUUCGUCGUGGCCAAGGCACGACCUUUAUCUUACUCCAUUUCUGGUUUCACGCUUUGAUUACGGUUCUCCAUCAGCCGACCCUCCUUGCACCUCUCGAAAAGAUUAACCGCAUGCAUGAGUUGGUACCUCACAGUCGGGAGUUGUCCAUGUCCAGUGCGAAGACCAUUGUAGACAUAUUGGCCUUUGCGCGGCUGCUCGACCCGAAGAGUUUCAUUGGCAAUCCGUUUACAUCUCAGCCGAUAUACAUAGCGGCAUGCGCGUUUCUCGCACAGUCUGUUGCGAACUCUUCACAGCCAGUCUCUCGCGACUCGACCCCUCCACCAGAAACGAAACCCGCCGGCAUGGAAAAGCCCUAUGGAGCGCGGGGUGACUCAAAGUCGGCGUCAAGACACUUUCUCCUCGCGUCUGCUGCAACCCAAAACUACCAGUCGUGUUACAAGGCGCUGCAGCAGAUGCAUACUCACUGGGGCGGGGUCCGAUACAUUCUAACCGCCCUUGAUCAGAAGUCGGAAGGAAUAUGGGAUUGUGAGACAUAUACCCGCGAGGAAUAUGAAAGCAUCAGGCAGCCUCGGCGUCAUGGCUCAGUGAGCAGAUUUACUAUGCCUGAAACAUAUCCUGCGUCGCCAACAGUUCCGCCAUUGGCUUGGUCAUUGACUGGCACGACUAAUUCGCCCAACUCGAGCUUGACAUUGUUAUAUCAGGCUCCGGCUGGCAAUGGAACCACUUGCAUCAUCCCUAAGCCCCCAACUCAGCCCCCACCGCCGCCCGCAUCGGCUCCAACGCCUCCGGGUAACAUGAUCUAUGAUCCCAUCCGGCAAAGCUUGCCGGAAACAACGCAGAUGUUUCCUCCAGCUUACCCUCAGCCUAAUACAUCAGCGUUGCGCCACUCUGUCAAUCCGCCCCAGCGAACGCGCCGGGUUUCGAGUGUGUCCAACCAUAGCAGGUCUCUUUUGCGGUACGAUGGCCUACCUCCAGAGAAUGCAAGGAAGACUCCGUCGACGCCAGACCCCAAGCUGCAGAUGGCCUUCGCCUCACAGGCCGGCUCUGUAGCCAUCCCAACAUCGUACACUCCAUCAUCCCAGCAUUCCUCCGGGUAUGAACCAUCUACCUACCCGACCGGGGCGUCCCCCGCCAGUGCGGUGACGGAUGCCCAUCCGCCGUCUACACACAGCCACCAGCACUCUCAUAGUGGCAGCAUUGAUCAUUCCACCUCAAGCGGCUACUCGUACCUAGGGCCUUCGGGCCAAGGGAUCUCGUUCCAAGUGAUUGAAAGUGAGGGCGACAUUGGGCAGCAUUUGGCCAGUUUUGAGCCCACUGAUAUGAUGGGCUGGUUUGGGGAGUACUUCCCUAAUGAUGUAUUGGGUCUCUAUGAUAUGGCAGGCUCUUCUCUGUAG